AGAAAAUUUCAACAACUGAAUUUGACACUAUCUUAAUUGAUUUUUAUAUUGAGAUUAAAAGGAAAAGUUAUUCUCUAAUAUUAUUAGUCUGUAUAAUAAAGAAUUAGAUAAAAAAGUCGGUUGGUUUAAUCAGAAAUGAUUAGAGAUGUUUGUAAAAUUAAUAUUAAGCAUAAUUGAUUUAUAUAAAUAUGAUUUCUUAAGUUUAGGAUUUGUAUUAACUUAUUUACGACAAACUUGUAAAUAAAGAAUCUCUUGAGCCCUCCUUGCUCACUAGGCUACAUACUUAGAUCUUCUUGUAUAAUAUGGAGAAAAACUUUGAAUUGGAGGAAUUUUAUUAUGAUAUUCUUAGAAAGCAUAUCAAGAAUCAUUAUUCAAUCUAUCCUGAAUAACUGGAAAUACUAAUUAAUAUUGUUUAUUAUCUUGGUAUUUUCAUUAACUAAUAGUAACUAUUUACAAAGGCAUUUCAAAUUAUUAAAGAAAAUUUAAUUGAUAAUCAACCAAUCAUUUAGAAUUCAUUAUAUUUGCACAUCCUUUAAGCUUGUGGCUCUUAAAACAUAGGUUUAAAACAAGGUCAUUAAUUUCUUAACAUUGAUAUCAAUAAUGAAUAUUUUAAAUCACGAUUCCUUAAACCCUAUAUUGAUUCAAUAACCUAAAGAAUACCAAAAGAUAAUAUUAUAUAAUUCAUUAAGGAUGAAUAAUAAAAUAUCAAAAAUCUUCAUCCAGAAUCAGAGGAUUACAUCAUUUAUGAAUUAAAAUUAUUCAUUAUUUAGUAAUAACUCAAAACUAUCGAUUUUCAAAAUAAUUCUUAAGAAUUAUACGACUUAUUUUCUUUUCUUCAAAUUGAAGAUAAAUAUUAAUACAAUAUUAAGCAAAAGCUUUCUAAUAUGAUAGACAAAGAUAAUUCAAUAAAUCCUUUUUAUUAAUUAGCAAUACAAUAUAAGAGUUUUCUUUUGCAAUAACUUGAUUUAGACUUUAAUCAAUUUUUUUCAUUUUUUAAAUUGCAAUUAGAUAAUAUUAGAAAUUUUUAUUAAAAUUAAAAACAUAUGUUAAUUGUAUUAAAUGAAACAAUUGAAGAAUAUUUAAUAAAGCAUGAUUGUUUACAAUAUUUUCUUGAAACUCUUGAUGAAGAUAUUAGUUAUUUUUCAUAAUGUAUGAUAUCAUCAAUUGAUCAUUUUGUUAAUUUAAUGAUGGAAAUAUUAUUUAAAUUAGUAUCCCCUUAUAAGAACAAUUUCAACUUUUUUCUAUAAAUUGCAAAGAUAAAUAAAAUGUCUUAAUACCAUCAUAAAUUAGUAGAUAAAUUUAAAUUAAAAGAAUUAGAGAAAUAUUUUAGAAUAGCUUAAAAUUCUUAAAGACCUUUAUAUUUACCUUAACCAAAAUUUAUUUCCUAAAAUGCAGAAAUAAUCUAAGACAUUCCAUUUUAAUUAUAAAAAUAUUUACCAAAAGAAGAUAAAAAAAGAUUCGAAUUAUCUGUUUAUGGAUAUGCUGAAGUAUUAUAUAAAGAGAAUUACAGACUGGUACUUAAUACAAGACAAUUGGUUUCUCUGUAUCAAUUGAUAAACAAUAAUUUUAAAUAGGUUGAUGAAAAUAGUUUGGUUCUAUUUCAGAAAAUAGGUUUAAUAAAUGCAAAAGCAAAUAUAAAUAAUGACUGGAUACCAACUCAUAAAUGUUUGAUAUUAUUUAAUUGAGAG